CGGGACUUUUGGCGUCCGCUUAGGGGCGGUCGUUUUGGGGUCUGUUUGGUCUCUCCGCCUUGUCUGAGGCUCCGGAAAGCUGCUUUGAACUGCGGUGACGAGAGCGGGAAGGCACGAGAGGAGGCAGGCGCUGCACUGCACUGAGGCGGGUCUGACGUUCGGGCAGCAGCGCCCGGAGGUGACCCGAUUCUGGGUAAGGGACAGGGAUGCCUGGGGCCCGACCUGGUCCGCCGCUCCCGGCCUGGCUCCGCCCACAGACUCCGAUGGCUGCGGCAGCGCUUAGAGUCCCGGCUCAGGUUGUUGUGGCUGCAGAAUCACUUGCAGACCAUGAAGAGGGCCGAGUGACAUUUGAGGAUGUGGCUGUCUACUUCUCACAGGAGGAGUGGGGGCUCCUUGAUAAAGCCCAGAGACUCCUGUACCGCAGUGUGAUGCUGGAGAACUUCUCACUGAUGGCCUCUCUGGGACUCACAUUUUCCAGGACCCAGGAAAUUACUCAGCUGGAGCAGUGGGGAGAGCCCUUUGUGCCUGCCUGUGGAGUCGUGAUCACAGCCACGCCAAGAGGUUGUUGGUGUGGAGCGGAGGCUGAGGACGUGGCACCUGAGCAGGCUGUUUAUGUAGAGGGAGUGCUCAGAGCAAACCUUCACCAACACCAGAAGCUGAGCUCUGGAGAGAAACCCUCAAGAAGAGAAGAGGGUGAGGAGGGUGGGAAGGUCUCCCCAACUAGCUCUGGUCUUCCCAAGCAUCAGGUGGCUCACAGCAGAGGGGAGCCACAUAGGAGCACUGAAAGUGGGGAGGGCUUUCACCCUGGAAAAAGGCAUUACAGAUGCAGCGAGUGUGGGAAAGCCUUUGGUCAGAAAUACUUACUUGUUCAGCACCAGAGACUACACACUGGAGAAAAACCUUAUGAAUGCAGCGAAUGUGGCAAAUUAUUUAGCCAUAAAUCCAACCUUUUUAUACACCAAAUAGUUCACACUGGUGAAAGGCCUUACCAGUGUAGUGAAUGUGGAAAAUCUUUUAGUCGCAAUGCUGACCUCAUUCAACACCGGAGAGUUCACACUGGAGAAAAGCCUUUUAAAUGUAGUGAAUGUGGAAAAGCUUUCAGGCAUAAUUCCACACUUGUUCAGCAUCACAGAAUCCACACUGGAGUGAGGCCUUAUGAGUGCAGCGAAUGUGGGAAGUUCUUUAGCUUUAACUCAAGCCUCAUGAAACAUCAGAGAGUUCACACUGGAGAACGGCCUUAUAAGUGCAGCGAGUGUGGGAAAUUCUAUAGCCACAAAUCAAGCCUUAUUAAUCACUGGCGAGUUCACACUGGAGAAAGGCCUUAUGAGUGCAGCGAAUGUGGGAAAUUCUUUAGCCAAAGCUCUAGCCUCAUGCAACACCGAAAAGUUCACACUGGAGAAAAGCCUUUUAAGUGCAAUGAAUGUGGAAGAUUAUUUAGUGAGAAUUCUAGCCUCGUUAAACACCAGAGGGUUCACACUGGAGCAAGGCCUUAUGAGUGCAGGGAAUGUGGGAAAUUGUUCCGCCACAGCUCCAGCCUUGUUAAACAUCGGAGGAUUCACACUGGAGAAAUGCCCUAUGAGUGCAGCAGUUGUGGGAAAUCAUUUAGCCAGCGUUUCAACCUCAUUCAACACCAUAAAGUUCACAGUGGAGAAAAGUCUUGAAUGCAGCUAAUGUGGAAAAGUCUUUAACCAAAGGUCCACUCUGAUUCAGCAACAGAAACUGCACAGCUCAAACAGGCCUUAUGAAUACGGGGACCUGAAGAAAGUUUGCAGCCAAAGUCUUAACCCUGUUUGGCACCAGAAAGUUCAGACUGGGGAAAGGCCUUAAGAGUGCAGGGCAUGUGCUGUCUCCUGGUCAACCUAACUUAAACAUAGAAGCUCUGAAAGCAGCCUUUAUGAGUGAGCCAACAAUUGAAUAUCAUUCAUCCAAACAUGCACACUGGAGCAGGAUGAGAAUUGCUGACAUCCUGCUCCUCUUGAGAGGCUAGUCCUCUGCCAGGCAGCUCUAAUGAGAGGGAGCCCUGUGUUCUUGGCUGCCUCAGUCUGGAGUUUUCAUCUCUGAGUUCGAAGCAGGGAGAGAGGGUGUGGCCUUGGUUCAGAUGUGACUGGCUCUUGCUGUUCGUCCUGAGUAUUAGAUUUCCUUAAAUGUUUCCUCAUUUACUGUGUAGACUUAGGAUCAUUUCUAGAGGCUUUAGAUGGUGUUUUUAUAAUUUUUCACCAGUUUCAUUGGGAAUCAGGGCUUGCAGAGCUCCUUACACUGCCAUGCUGGAAGUUGAUGCAAAUAUUUAACUUUUUAAGAACUUGCUACCUUGUGUUCUAAAUGGUUAUGCCAUCUCACAUUUCCUGGAGUGUAUUCGCUUUCCAGUUUCUUCACAUCCUUCCUGACCUUUGUAUGUAAGACACUGGCCAUUCAUUUUAGCCAUUCUAGUAGGUAUGUAGUAGUAUUUCACUGUGGUUUUAAUUUGCAUUUCCCUAAUGACUCCCUGUGUAUUUGCCAUCCAUAUAUCUUUAGUGAAUUAUCUGUUCAAAGUUUUUUGCCUACUAUUAAGGAACUGUCUUGUAAUUUCUUAAUAUAUUCUGGGUGCAAGUUACUCAUUUGAUAUAUGCUUUACCAAUAUUUCCUCACA